AACAAAAAUCUCAGAUAAAAAAAUAAAACCUGAAGGAACCCUUUCCCGGAGAUCUGAAAACAAAUUCCCCCCGCUCACGUGCUCCGGUUGUGUUGUCGCCUCCAUUGUUCCUAAGUUGCUUUCCACCUUGCAGAAAAGAGCCCAUCAAUUGGAAGCAGCCGUCCAUCUUCACUCGUUUCAGCUUUUCUGUGUCUUCCUUCAAACCAGUCCCUGCGACGUCUGCUCCCAGCCUGGAAACUCCACUCCGAACUGGUAUACGGCCGUUUCCGAGGUCUUUCACCUCGUAUCAAGUCAACCAUUUCCAAAUUGGAGUGUUCUACUCAACUCCGAGUGUCCGCUGCCCAAUUUCUCUCCAGAUAACACUGUUUUUAGGGCACACAUCUGUGUUCUCUGCAAUUCCACAAUCAUGAUGUGGUUUCGAGACAAGGGGACUAUGCUUUGAUUCACAUCCAGUGCUCUGUCUGUUAAUUUUUUCUCCUUACCGAAAUGGGGCGCUUAAGACUGCAGUCUAACAUCAACGCAAUUGAAGAGGAACAGGAAGAGUGUGAAGCUACAUCCUCAAGUAAAAAUGAUUUCGCCUGCAUGAUAAAUUCAGAGGUGAGUGCUGUGUUGGCUGUGAUGAGAAGGAACAUGAGGUGGGGUGGUCGUUUUGUGUCUGGUGAUGACCAGCUAGAACACUCCUUAAUCCAGUCUCUUAAGAUUUUGAGGAAGCAGAUAUUUACAUGGCACCACCAUCAAUGGCAGUCUAUCAACCCGACAUUGUAUCUUCAACCGUUUCUGGAAGUUAUUCGAUCUGAUGAGACUGGUGCACCGAUCAACGGUGUUGCCUUGUCAUCUGUCUACCACAUUUUGACUCUUGAUGUUCUUGAUUUGAGCACCUCCAAUAUUGAAGAUGCUAUGCAUUUGGUAGUUGAUGCGGUGACUAGCUGCAGGUUUGAUGUUACUGACCCUGCCUCGGAAGUUGUGCUAAUGAAAAUACUUCAAGUCCUUUUGGCCGUCAUGAGAAGUAAAGUUUCGGUUGUCUUGAGUAAUCAACAUGUUUCGACCAUUGUCAACACCUGCUACCGAGUGUUUCAUCAAGCUGCAACGAAAGGAGAGCUCUUGCAACGGAUAGCUCGCCACACCAUGCAUGAGCUUGUGAGGUGUAUCUUCUCUCACCUUCCGGAAGUUGACCACACACAGUGCCUAUUAGUUAAACGGGGCAGUUCUGCAAAACAUGAGGUUUCUGGCAUAGAUGUUGAUUACAGUUAUAAUAGUAAUAAGUUAGAGAAUGGUACAACCUCUUCUGAAUAUGAUAGCCUACAAUCACCUUCAGGAGUGGAUGGAAGUAUGGUAACAAGUGAUUACGGGAAGGAUACUGUUCCAUAUGAUUUACAUUUAAUGACCGAGCCAUACGGUGUCCCCUGCAUGGUUGAGAUAUUUCACUUCCUGUGUUCAUUGCUGAACGUUGUUGAACAUAAGGGAAUCGGCCCGAGAACAAACACUGCAGCAUUAGAUGAAGAUGUCCCUUUGUUUGCUCUAGGUUUGAUCAACUCGGCAGUUGAAUUAGGUGGCCGGGCCAUUAGAACCCAUCCUAGACUGUUGAGUUUGGUCCAGGAUGAACUCUUCCGGAAUCUCAUGCAGUUUGGGCUCUCAAUGAGUCCUUUAAUCCUUUCAAUGGUGUGUAGUAUCGUUCUAAACCUCUACCAGCAUUUACGCACAGAACUGAAACUGCAGCUUGAAGCUUUUUUUUCAUGUGUGAUAUUGAGGCUUUCACAGAGCCGUUACGGGGCUUCUUACCAACAGCAGGAGGUUGCAAUGGAAGCUCUUGUUGACUUUUGUAGACAGAAAGCAUUUAUGGUGGAGAUGUAUGCGAAUUUGGAUUGUGAUAUAACUUGUGGGAAUGUUUUUGAAGAACUUGCUAAUCUUUUGUCGAAAAACGCUUUCCCUGUGAAUUCUCCUUUGUCUGCCAUGCAUAUUCUCUCUUUAGACGGUUUGAUUGCUGUGAUUCAGGGAAUGGCUGAAAGGAUAAGCAACGGAUCAUACAAUUCAGAACCUCAUCUGAUGAAUCUUGAUGAGUACACUCCAUUUUGGAUGGUGAAAUGUGAGGACUAUAGCGAUCCAGAUCAUUGGGUCCCAUUUGUACGUAGGAGGAAGUAUAUCAAGAGAAGAUUAAUGAUUGGGGCUGAUCACUUUAAUCGGGACCCAAAGAAAGGGCUAGAGUUUCUCCAAGGAACACAUCUAUUGCCUGAAAAACUUGAUCCACAGAGUGUGGCUUGUUUCUUUAGGUAUACUGCUGGGCUAGACAAGAACCUCGUUGGGGAUUUUCUUGGAAACCAUGAUGAGUUUUGUGUUCAGGUUCUUCACGAGUUUGCCGGGACGUUUGAUUUUCAAGACAUGAACUUAGACACCGCAUUGCGUUUGUUUUUGGAGACUUUCAGAUUGCCCGGAGAAUCUCAGAAGAUACAGAGAGUGCUUGAGGCUUUUUCAGAGAGAUACUAUGAGCAAUCUCCACAUAUUUUGGCUAACAAAGAUGCUGCUUUAUUGUUGUCAUACUCCCUGAUCAUGCUGAACACCGACCAGCAUAAUGUACAGGUGAAGAAGAAAAUGACUGAGGAAGAUUUCAUCAGAAAUAACCGUCACAUAAAUGGAGGUGGCGACCUCCCCCGUGAUUAUCUGAUAGAACUCUAUCAUUCGAUCUGCAGUAACGAGAUCCGCACCACACCGGAGCAAGGUGCUGGCUUUGCCGAAAUGACUCCCAGCCGUUGGAUCGAUCUGAUGAGUAAAUCUAAGAAAAGCUCACCGUACAUACAGUGUGGCUCGAGAGCUUACCUUGACCAUGACAUGUUUGCCAUAAUGUCCGGUCCAACCAUUGCUGCCAUCUCUGUGGUUUUCGAUCACGCCGAGCACGAAGAUGUUUACCAAACGUGUAUUGAUGGGUUCUUAGCCGUUGCAAAGAUAUCAUCUUGCCAUCAUCUCGAAGACGUUUUGGAUGAUUUGGUUGUAUCUCUCUGCAAAUUCACGACUCUCUUGAACCCGUCAUCCGUUGAAGAACCUGUUUUGGCUUUCGGUGAUGACCCGAAAGCAAGGAUGGCAACCGUCACGGUUUUCACCAUUGCAAACAAAUACGGAGACUUUAUCCGUUCUGGCUGGAGAAACAUUUUGGAUUGCAUCUUAAGAUUGCACAAACUCGGCCUUCUACCUGCCCGUGUGGCGAGUGAUGAAGACUCUGAGAUGAUAUCAUCAUCUGAAUCUGGACACGGCGGAAAGCCUCCUCUCACUAGUAGUUCAUUAUCUUCUGCACACAUUCAGUCCAUCAGUACACCUAAAAGGUCUUCUGGACUCAUGGGGAGAUUUAGUCAACUCCUGUCUCUAGACUCAGAAGAGCCAAGGUCUCAACCCACUGAGCAACAACUCGCAGCCCAUCAGCGAACGCUUCAGACAAUUCAAAAGUGCCACAUAGACAGUAUAUUCACGGAAAGCAAGUUUCUGUUAGCUGAUUCUUUAUUACAGCUUGCAAAGGCACUCAUAUGGGCGGCAGGGAGACCUCAGAAGGGUGGUAGUUCUCCCGAGGAUGAAGACACUGCUGUGUUCUGUUUGGAAUUGCUUAUUGCAAUCACUUUGAACAAUCGGGAUAGGAUCGGUCUUCUUUGGCAGGGAGUUUAUGAUCAUAUUGCUAACAUUGUUCAUUCGACUGUCAUGCCAUGUGCUUUGGUUGAAAAGGCUGUUUUCGGCCUCCUCCGUAUCUGCCAGAGACUGCUUCCUUAUAAAGAGAAUUUGGCUGAUGAACUGUUGAGAUCACUUCAACUGGUUCUCAAGCUAGAUGCACGUGUUGCCGAUGCUUAUUGCGAGCAAAUCACUCAAGAGGUCGGCCGUCUUGUCAAAGCUAACGCUGGCCACAUCCGCUCUCAGACCGGCUGGCACACGAUAGCGUCUUUGCUUUCUAUCACGGCUAGACACCUGGAAGCUUCCGAAGUGGGAUUCAACGCCCUACUGUUCAUCAUGUCUGAUGGGGCCCACCUGUCGCCAGCCAACUACGUACUCUGCAUUGACGCGGCGAGACAGUUUGCGGAGUCCCGGGUUGGGCAGGCAGAUAGGUCGGUCACUGCCAUUGACCUGAUGGUGGGGUCCGUAUCGUGUUUGGCUUCCUGGUCCAGAGACGCCAGAGAAGCCAUGGUGGACACCGAAGCUCUGAAACUGUCACAAGAUAUUGGUGAGAUGUGGCUGAAACUCGUACAGCGACUGAAAAAGGUCUGUUUGGAUCAACGGGAGGAGGUCCGAAACCACGCUCUUCUCUCCCUUCAGAUCUGCCUGACAGGAGGGGUGGAUGACAUCUACCUCCCCCACGGUCUGUGGCUGCAAUGCUUUGACAUGGUUGUCUUUACGGUUUGUGAUGACCUGGUCGACAUCUCACAGGGGCAUUCCCAAAAAGACUACAGAAACAUGGAGGGCACACUUGUCAUCGCACUGAAACUCAUGAACAAGGUGUUCCUACAGUUACUCCCAAAGCUUUCUCAGCUCACCACCUUCUGUAAACUGUGGCGAGGUGUCCUUAACCGAAUGGAGAAAUAUAUGAAAGUGAAGGUGAGGAACAAGAGGAGUGAGAAACUUCAGGAGUUGGUUCCAGAGCUGCUGAAAAGCAGUUUGAUUGUGAUGAGGACGAGUGGGGUCCUCGUUCCACGGAGUGGUAUUGGGGGUGAUAGCUUGUGGGAUUUGACGUGGUUGCAUGUUAAUAACAUUCUCCCUUCUUUACAGUCUGAGGUUUUCCCAGAUCAUGAUCCCGACGAGCAGGCCGGUGAUCUUCUACAUGGUGAGCGCUAUCUUGAAACUGAUUCAGCUGUAAAUGAAUAGUUGACGAGAAACUAGACCUGUUUACUUGAUCUUCUUUCAUCAUGAUUGGUGAUAAGAAAGGUGUGAUUUGCAUGAUGUUAGGAUUUUUUAUACCGCAUUGGGUAUUGUAGCAGACUGCCCAUAUUGUACAUAUAAGUCCAACAUUUUCUUUUGCAAUUGUUAAAUUCCAGUGUGUUGUCAUUACCCAAAUUAUGCUAUUGGUGGACUGUGUUAAAGUCCCAAAAAUUUGGAACCUUAAUUGGAAUUGUGGAUAGGGCAGACGCGGUUCAGUCCAAAGUGUGAUUUACAUGUUUUAGCCGAUCCUGAUUGAGGUCAUCCUUUUGAUAGAAUCAUAACCGUAUAUAGCAUGAUUUGGUUCUAGUUUAGGAUCGGAUGUGUCGACCCCAUUUACCAGUUCUAAAAGGUUGCUGCAUAGGCGUUCGCUUGAUACCCCAACAUUCACCCGAUUCAGUUGUCAAGGUUAACCAACUACUCAGAGAGCAUUGUGUAUUUGGUAAAAUUCCAUAACAAUAUUUUGACACAAACAUUCUGUUCAUGAUAAUGGUAUUUAGAUCUUGAGAGUUACACUUACUGUAAUAGUGUUAUGUUACUGUUGUCUGUUCAUAAUGGAGUUGCACUUGAAUAAGUGAAUUA